CCAAUGCGCCCCGUAUUUAUUGACCACCGUGGAUGCGAAUACUUCAUGGCCCCCUCCUCUCCGACACCUCUCCACGGAUUCCAGCAACGCAGAAUACCCGUCCUUCCCAUCCACUACGUCGGCCGUGGUGGCAAUCUCACCACAUGGAGCGUACUGGCAGCCCCGUCUUCGAACGACACCCCUCCCUCUACUUCCCCGAUGGAGAUAUCGUCCUCUGCGCACCCAAGGCCAACGGCGACGUCCUCGCCUUUCGAAUCGACAGAGUAUACCUCACCCGCAGCUCGCCCGUCUUCCGCGAAUUGCUAUCGUCUCCACCAACGGGUAACAUGACGGAGGUUUUUGAGGGAGCACCGGUGCUACGUUUGUCGGACGAUGCUACUGAGCUUGCCAACCUUCUUGAACUCCUCUACAACACCGUGUGAGUUUCUUAAUUAAA